CACGUUCCAGCCCCACCGACUGACUCUGUUCUUGCCUUCUUGUCAGACUGACAAGGCUGUACUUGUGCUUACACCGGUCCGACAGCCACGUUUGGAAGACGUGAUUUUCCAUCAAAAAAAAGAGUCGUCACGCACUCGUGUUUGCUAGUGGCAGUCUUUGGGUCUGCGCGGACUUUAUGGUGAUUAUGGAGGCCUUCGAUCGAAGAUUCAACACCUUGUUGGGGUCAUGGCUGGGCCCCAGAGAUCAGCGGGUGCGGGGUUGGCUGCUGCUAGACAACUACUCCCCAACCUUUGCCCUCACCCUGGUGUACCUUGUGGUGGUGUGGACCGGGCCCAAGUACAUGAGACACCGGCAGCCGUACUCGUGCAGAGGUGUACUUGUGCUUUACAAUGCAGUCCACACGCUCUUGUCCCUCUGCAUGUUCUACCAGCUUGUUACUGCCGUGUGGCAAGGAAGCUAUGACUUCUACUGCCAAAACACACACAGUGCACAGGAAUCUGAUAACAAGGUCAUGAAUGUCCUGUGGUGGUACUACUUCUCUAAGUUUAUUGAGCUCAUGGACACCAUCUUUUUCAUUCUGCGGAAGAACAAUCACCAGAUUACCUUUCUUCACGUUUACCACCACGUCAGCAUGCUCAACAUCUGGUGGUUUGUCAUGAACUGGCUCCCCUGCGGCCACACAUACUUCGGGCCCUGCCUCAACAGUUUUGUCCAUACGGUUAUGUACUCCUACUACGGCCUGUCUGCCAUCCCUGCAAUGCGGCCAUACCUCUGGUGGAAGAAGUACAUCACACAGCUGCAGCUGAUCCAGUUCAUGUUGACAGUGUUGCACACGAUGUGUGCUGUCAUAUGGCCGUGUGGUUUGCCCUCAGGAUGGCUCUACUUCGAAAUAACUUACAUGUUCACCCUGGUGAUCUUUUUCACCAAUUUCUACUACAAGACAUACAAGAAACACAAGAGGGAUGAGGAUGGGUCACCGCGAUCGAUAAACGGACGCACAAACCGGACGCCAUCGCAGGAACUGACUGCUCACAGAAAAGACAAACUGAGAACAGACUAACAUCUGGGAGACUCUGUUGUCACAGUAGCUUGUUGCUAAAGCUGCCAGGAGACAUUUUGCUAUUAGGCUUGUUGUGAUGCUAACAACACGUCAUUAUUUCAGUACUUUAUUUAAACACACAAACAUUUUGACUGAUCUCACGCGGCUUUCCAUGAAAGCUCCACAUGAAAGCUCCUGUGAGGUUGAUGGAAAUUUUAAGCAGGCUGUAGGCUCGUCCUUGAUGUGUGUAACAAGAGCACACUCCUUGUGUCCUGCCUGGCUGUGCUGUUGCAUAAUCCCUAAAUACUCUGUCCUCUGCAGAGAGAGGCACAAGAUGCUUAUUGCGCAAUAUUGAUAUUAAGCCAUUUCGUUCACUAAAAAGUGUCAAAUUAACACUGGUAAGGACCCUUAGCACUCCUUUUUAAUGGGACUUUAGUUUAUUCAGCAAAGGGGUACAUUUAUUAGAGAGUAAAAUCCCAUGCAUGCAUAUCAGAGAUCAUCAGCCACUGUGUUGGAUAUAUACAGUAUCAUCAUGGACCUGUUUUACUUGGUUGCUAAUGUCACCACAUUCACGAUGGUUCACUCUGUGCUGAUUGAUGACAUCAUCAUCAGUGGACAGUAAUGAAGUACUUUAUUUAAGCGUGAAUUUUUUGUGUAGGUGAUGCCGUGUUGUUGUUGCUGUUAUUACGAUACAGACAGGUAGCAAACAGACUCAUUUCACACAGGUCUCACCCACGUCCAUCUUGCAAAGCAAAAAUCUAACUGGUGCUGUUCUUGCGUCUGCUUUUCAAUUACACAUUUUCUGUUAGUGCAGGAAGUGUUGGUCAACCAUUUAGAAACAUUUUCAAGUUGUACAUGCUUCUUUAAAUAAAUAAUUGCAUUACUUCACAGUUAAGUCAGACUGAUGAUGCAUUUGUGCCCAUGUCAGAAUAUAAUUAUCUUCAUAGAUAUUGAUUAUGAGCCUGCACGCAAAAAAAUAAAACAGCUUUUUAUCCAGAGUGGCGUGACAUGGCGGAUCGAUACCAGGGACAGUGGUGCACACGCAAGCAUUCACUACAAGUACAGCACAACUGCAAGUGUAACACAAUAAACGGAGGUAAGAACUGUUAAGGCAACAUGCAUUUUUGCAUUGGCUGCGUUGUCCUUCUUCGCUCAUUUGGUUACAUUCUACCUUGAGCUAUUGAUUUGUAAUUGAUUCAAAUACAAGGUAGCCAUGUUGCACCACCAGAAUUUGAAAUCACAUUUUCCCUCCUGUAAAUCCUUUUUGAUCCGUUCCAUGUUCAGUUCUCAGAAAAAAAGGAUUAUGUAACUGUUGGAAAUAUCACAUUUGUAUUUAAUAACCGCCUUCAGUGUGUAUUGCACUCGGUGUUCAUGAUUGAAAAUGAAUACAAUGAAAUAUUCAUUUUAAUGCUCUUUAUUUGAGGGAGAAAAGUGCACCAUGGAACAAAACCAGUAUGCUAACAUUCUUUGCCGGGCACAUGUGCUAAUUAUUUAGCGUGCAACAUUUCUGAAAUCAGAAAAUUAACUUGUAUUUUUUUAAACAUCAAACAUUUAGCAAUCCAGAAGGUUUGAUUAGACAUUUAACCAGCUGCAGCAUAAACUGUGGAGGCUGACAAUGACAUUGUGAGUUUAAGUGAUGGAUGAACAUGCAGGUGUCCUGUCUGCUUAGAGCGGCUGCUCUGAGAAUGCCGUGUAACUCUUCACUCGGCCAAAGAAGAACGGCGUGUACAUCUUGUUUAGGUCAAAUGCAGUGAUGACAGUUUCCCCAGUCAGCCUAGAAAAUAAAUUCCAAUCAUACCUUCAGCUAAGAACACAAUCUGUAAUAAUGUCUAUCUCUCACUUGUGCCUUGGUCUUACUUGUAAGUGAUAUGGCAGGAGUGAUGCAUCCACACCAGCUUAUUGAAACUCUGACGCCCCCCAGAGGACAGAAGGAGUCCUACAUGGAAAGUGUGCUCAGCGUCGGGGGCCGGGUUCCGCCUGCAGAACCGAUUCUUUUGCAUCUCGGAUGAUUUCUGUUGAUAUUAAGGGUCAAGAACGAGGUUGUCAGGGAGGCUAAGAGCGGUGUGGUGAACUGAUAUAUUGUAAAAAUGUAAGAUAUGCUUUAUUAAAAAGGAUUAACAAAACUAAACCCCCAACCCCCAAAUUUAAAAGAUGAAUUAGCUUUCAUCUGAAUUUCUAGUACUUACAUUUAAAAAGAAAAUUACAUGGAAAAUUAUGCCAAAAAUAAAUAUUAAUUCAGAAGUUGUUUGUAUUCCUGGUCUGCUUCAUCCUC